CAGUAUCAAUGAUGUGGACGUUUUUAAGUAGAUUAUUUUUAAGGUAAAAUUGUAUUUCUCGGUUGAAACUAACUUUGUGACUUAAUUAUCCUAUUUUAAGCGUAAUAAUGAGUGUAUUUAAUAAGGUUAUAAACAAAUUAAACGACACUUUUCAACGCAGUCUUUCCAUAAACGACAGUUCUGAAGAAGAAAUGUACAACAGCAUAGAAGUGCCAAAACCAAAUUCGAUGGCAAAACGAGCUGAUAUAAUGGAAAACUUGGUUGGGGCCAUAAAUAAGAUCCAGGAUGUCUUUAAUACUCUCAAAGUUCCAAAUACAAUUGAAUUGCCGCAGAUUGUUAUGCUUGGAUCUCAGAGCACUGGCAAAAGCUCAGUUUUGGAAUCGAUUGUUCAUCGUCCAUUCUUGCCUCGCGGAUCUGGCAUUGUAACUCGCUGUCCAUUAGUCCUACAGCUUGUAGAAUGUAAAAUGAAUAACACAAAAUAUCGCAAAGAUGAAAAUGGAACCACUAAGAUUGAAGAAUGGGGAGAAUUCUCGCAUUUGGAAGGUCAAAUAUUCUCAGAUUUUGACAUAAUUCGUCAUGAAAUUGAAUUUCGUACAGAUCAACUUGCUGGGGAUAACAAAGGAAUCUGUGAUGAUCCAAUUAACUUGAAGAUCUUUUCUCCUCAUGUUGUAACUUUGACUCUUGUUGACUUGCCUGGAAUCACUAAAAUUGCUGUUGGCAAUCAGCCUCAAAACAUAGAGCAUCAAAUAAAACUUCUCAUUAUGAAAUACAUUUCGAAUCCAAACUCAAUCAUUCUAAGUGUUAGUGCUGCAAAUGCUGAUAUAGCAACAAGCGAAAGCCUUAAAUAUGCAAAAUUAGUCGAUCCAAAUGGUGAUCGUACCUUAGCAAUUCUUACAAAGGUUGAUUUAAUGGAUAAAGGAACUGAUGCAAUUGACAUGCUUACUGGUCAAGUUAUUCCUGUAAAAUUAGGAAUUAUCGGAAUUGUCAAUCGUUCACAGCAAGACAUUAAUGAUAAUAAGACAAUUGAAGAGCAGUUGAUGGACGAAAAGGCUUAUUUUGUGGAAAAUUACACAAAUAUUGCUAAUCGCAAUGGAAUUCCAUUCUUGUCAAAACGAUUGAGUGAAUUGCUUAAGCAUCACAUCUACAAAUGUCUUCCAGAAUUAAAGGUUAAAAUUGAUUGUAAGUUGGACGAAAAUAUUAAAAUUUAUGAUGUUUGUGGCGAGGAAGUUAAGAAUUAUGGAAAGAUUAUAUCCAUAAUAAUCACAGGAUUGACCCAAAAGUUUGCAGACAUAAUUGACGGCAAAAAAAUGAUGAAAAUAAAGGAUGUCAAGUCAUUAAUUGGUGGACCAGAAUUUUGUAGAAUUUUUGAUGAAUCAUUUGUCUGUGCAUUGACAGCAAUUGAACCGGAAUUGAGCAGAAUUAAAAUAAAAGAGUACAUGAAACUCAAUCGAGGCUCACGUCCUCCAAUUUUCCCACCUGAAAAUCUCUUUAAGGAUCUCGUUAAUCUGCAAAUUGAACGCCUUCGAAAUCCAUCCUUAAAAUGUGUCGAAAAUGCUUUUGAUGAAAUGGGAAAGGUUGUUGCUAAAACGAUUAAGGAACAGCAUGAAUUAAGUCGUUUUCCACGUUUGGAAGUUAAAAUUCGGUCAAUUAUGAAGAAUAUGCUUAAUGAGCAGAUGCCGAUAACUAAAAAUGCUGUUAAGGAACUGAUUAACACUGAAUUGUCGUCAAUUAAUACAAAUCAUCCAGACUUUUCCAUUCAGGAAGCUUUGGCACCUAAGGUUGAGGAAGAUGACAAUCCUAAUCAUCAACAAUAUAAGUUUUCACAAGAAAUCUUUAAAAUUGAAAAGACUGACAAAGAUGCUGAAAUAAUUCAAAAUCUAGUCAACAACUACUUCCCCAUUGUCAAGAAAACAGUUCAAGAUCAAGUUCCGAAAAUUGUCAUGUAUAAGAUUAUUAAUUACAUGAAAGACAACGUUCAGACAGAGUUGAUGACUCAAUUAAGUCAAGAAAAUUAUGCUGAAUUGUUGAUGGAAUCUGAAGGAAAUGCACAGCGUCGUGAAAAUGCAAAUACAAUGAUUCAGGCACUAGAAAUUGCGAAGGAAACUAUUGGAGAAAUCGAAAUGGGAUAUUAACUGUAUAAAUGACAAUUUUCUAUUAUUAAUUCUUAGUCUGAUGACUCUUAAAUAUUAUUAAAGACAUGUCACCAUCUUAUAAGCUAACGAAUGCUAAUUAUAAGAAAUUUGAAUGACAUAAGAUAUGAUUUACUUUGAAAGAAACUUGAUAUGUAACAUUUUUAAACAUAAACAAUAAAGCAUGCUGUAAGAAACAUGAC